UGGAUACCUCACGUGCAAAGCACGUACUUCAUUCCCCGAGCGCCUGCUAUCCUUAGAGCAACCAUCACUUACCCUUCUUUGCCUUCCCCGGGGCAACAUUUUCGUAUUUUGAGAAUGCUGAUCGGGACGGAACGGAACGGCAUGCGUCUCUCUUCCCGUUCCGUUUAAUCCCCAAAACGAUGUUUAUAUCCUGAAUGCUUGAUUCAGUUUAGUUUCCCGAAGGAUCUCUCUCCGGUUCUCCCUUUUCUCCGUCCUCCCCCCACGAUCCUGUCCUUUGGUUAGAGCCGGUGAUCACCUACCUCUUCUUCUUGAUUUCAACUAAUUUCCGAGAUGUUUGAUGCUUAGGGCUGCGCGUUUCGGUCGUUCAUCUCUUCUCUAAUUCCUUCAGCAGAUGGAUCCGAGUUCAGAAGAAUCUGAUAUCAGUGACUCUGACGUUCCAGAGUAUGAGGAGAAAAUUUACCUUCGGCUUAAAGCAGGACAGUUUAUAGUGAGAAACACAGACAAAACAUGCAGAUGUCCCUUUUGUGCUGGGAAAAAGAAGCAGGACUACAACUACAAGGAUUUGCUUCAGCAUGCAACUGGCAUCGGUGCAUCCAACAGGAAGGGAAAAGUGAAGGCAACACAUCGUGCCUUGGCAAAAUAUUUGAACAAUGACAUCACUGACACUACAUGUUCAUCAGAGCAGCUGGUAGUUUUCCAGCCUAAGCCUUCUAAAAGCACAUCAGAAGAUCAGUUUGUUUGGCCCUGGAUGGGUGUUGUAGUUAAUGUUCCAACUGAAUUUAAGAAUGGACAAUAUGUAGGUGAGAGUGGAAACAGACUGAAGGAGCAGCUUUCCAGAUUUCACCCAUUAAAAGUUCAUCCGUUAUGGAACCAUAGAGGACACACAGGAAUUGCUAUCAUGGAUUUCACCAAAGAUUGGACUGGUUUUAAAGAUGCAAUGGCUUUUGAAAAUAAUUUUGAAGCGGAGCAUUAUGGAAAGAGGAACUGGUUAGAAAAAAAACAACGAGGUUCUGAUAUUUAUGGUUGGGUGGCAAGAGCAGAUGAUUACAAUUCUGCUGGUCCUGUUGGUGAUUAUUUACGAAAAAAUGGUGAUCUGAAAUCUGUUGCUGAUCUUGCAACAGAAGAAUCCCGCAAAACAGAUCGGCUUGUGGCAAAUUUAGCAAGCCAGAUUGAAGUGAAAAACAAGCAUUUACAGGAGUUAGAGUGUAAAUACAAUGAAACUACAAUAUCGCUAGAUAAAAUGAUGGAAGAGAGAGAUUCCUUGCUCCAAGCUUAUAAUGAAGAAAUUCGAAAAAUGCAGCACCUUGCUCGUGAUCAUUCACGUAAGAUACUUACUGAGAACGAAAAGCUAAGGUCGGAGUUGGAUUCCAAGCGACAAGAGCUUGAAAUGAGGCGCAAUCAACUUGAUAAGCUGGUUGCUCAAAAUGAUGUUGACAAAAGGAAGCUUGACGAUGAGAGACAAAAGAAUGCCAUGAAGAAUAAUUCACUUCAGUUGGCAACUAUGGAACAGAAGAAAGCUGAUGAAAAUGUGUUGAAGCUUCUUGAAGAUCACAAGAGGGAAAAGGAGGCUGCUCUCAAGAAAAUACUUAAACUGGAAAAACAGCUGGAUCAAAAGCAGAAGCUAGAACUGGAAAUACAACAGUUGAAAGGGCAGUUGCAGAUUAUGAAGCAUAUGGAAGGAGACGAAGAUGCAACGGUGAAGAAAAAAAUUGAUGAGAUGAGCGAGCAGCUUAAAGAAAAAAUUGAAGAAAUGGACGAUUUGGAGGCUUUGAAUCAGACUUUGGUUGUUAAAGAACGAAUGAGCAAUGACGAGCUACAAGAAGCUCGUAAAGCGCUAAUACAAGGUCUGGGAGAUUUGCUGGGUAGUCGAUCUUUAAUUGCCAUCAAGAGGAUGGGUGAACUUGAUGAUGGACCGUUUCUUCCUGCAUGCAAGCAGAGGUUCUCAAAAGAUGAAGCAGAAAUCAAAGCUGCAGAGUAUUGCUCUCACUGGCAACAUGAACUGAAGAAACCUGAAUGGCAUCCCUUCAAAAUUGUUGACACAGAUGGAAAGCCUCAGGAAUUUAUAAAGGAGGAUGAUGAAAAAUUACGAGCUUUAAAGGAGGAAUUGGGUGAUGCAGUCUACAAAGCUGUAACUACAGCCCUACUCGAGAUGAACGAGUACAAUCCAAGUGGUAGAUAUCCCAUCCCAGAACUCUGGAACUCAAAAGCAGAACGGAAAGCAACACUUACAGAAGUGAUAAAUUACAUCUUGAAGCAAUGGAAGACCUAUAAGCGGAAACGAUGAGAAGUACAUUUAUUUAAGUUCCACUACUUGGACGAAGAUAAAUGUUGGCAAAUUGUGCUAACUAGACUCUUGUGGCAUUUUAUAUGGAUUCGGAUAGUACGAUUAUUGGCUUGUAGAGAAGUAUGGACCAUUUCCUCUUCAAUCACUUUUUCAAAUUGCUUUA